AGUAACCGUGCCGGUGAAAAUGUAAACAAUUACCCACCACCAAAGAAAAUGUGUUUUUGUCCCUUUUCAUGUUAUUUAGAAUUUCUGCCAUAUGUUUUACUUGUAACUAUACCCUUUUUUGGUUCAUUCAGUGGAACUGAGCUCAUAUUACGACUGUCAAUCAUUAUUUUGGCGUUUAUCACAGCUGGAGAAUUCAUCCCAAAUGUGAAGUAUGUGUUAGACAUAAUACCAAACUGCAAAGCAUGCCUCCUAACAGCUCUGGUAAUCUGCGUACCCCUGAGCGUGAUCCCCUACCCUGCAGUGUGGCUGUACGGUUGGUUACUAUGGUUAAUGGAGCCGGUUCUACUGUGCAUCGAGACCGUGCUGGCCCUGAACUUGGUGAUGCAGUUCAGUCGGAACUGUGCAGAAAAGAUUGAAGAAGAUGAAGAUGAGGCAUGGAAAUGGAAGUUACUCCUGACUUUGUUCUCUGCCGGGUGCUACGCGCUGUUGGCUGUCAUGGUGUUUAUCAUCUUCACAGAAGGAUCGGACAUUCAGUUCUGGCUGGUAAUGCUGGUUCUUAGCUUCAGUGUGCUACUGGCGGCACACAACAUGAUGUGGAUGUCACAUCAAGGAAUCAUUAGUGAUGUGGCGUUUGUGACGUUGAGUUCCAUGUUGAUAGUUUACGUGAUGAGGGAAGAAAUCGCCCUGGCAAAUCAUCCCCUUCAAAAGCCGAAUUCGUGGUACAGGUAUCAUGCCAAAGGGUCGUUGUGGACAGAAACAUACAAAGUUAUACAUAUGUCAUUAGACAGUGCCAAGCUAGCUAUGCUGUUUCUCCGUCGGUUUAUCAGCCCUCAGGUGAUGGCCCUGCUGUGCAUACGUCUGUACAGCGUCGUCUUUCUCAUGCAUAGAACAAUAAGAAACUGCGGUCUUGAGAAUGAUGACCUAGAACUGUCAGACGUAGACGAGGAUUCAUCACCAUGGCGAUCACCAUUCCUAGUGAAAGUUGCAGUAGUAAUACUAGUCACACAAUACACUACCCAACUGUACGAUCACAGCUGUAGUCAUACCACACCUGCCUGGCCCUGGUCAUUGCUGCCAAAUGACAUUAUAGUAGGGCGGGUGUUUCAGGUGUUGCUAGGCAACUGCUUCUAUAUUUGGACAUUAUAUCGAGCAGACGACUGGCAGCUGAGUGACUGGUUUUCAAACGAUUGAAAGAAAUUAGUACAAAAUCAUUUUAAGACCAUCAGAUCUACCAUAUUUGUUUGUGAGAUGUUACAUAUUUAUUUUUAUACAGAGUUUAACUCGCAAUAGUUUGUGUUAAAUGUGUAAUAAUUAAUUUUGCUCUUAGGGCUUUUUUAUUUAGACAUAUAACCCACGGGGGGAAGGCACUUCUUAAUUAUGCCAUCCCCCUACCGUAGCAAAUUUACCCUUUUUGGGGUCCAAUUUAGUAAAAAUGACACCCACCUAUGUAUUAUAAAAAUAAUUGCCUUACCCCACAGGUAAUAUGUUUGACGAGAAUAGCUCUUAGGCAGAACCCUUGAUUUGGAAAGGAAAUCACUUCUGUAGUCAGAAUUAAAUAUUAACAGUCCCGCUGAUUUCUUUCAUAUUCGGAAGAACACAACAUCAUCGGAAUACCUCUGACACAUCAAUACCGACGCUUGUGUUUGGUUAAAUGAUAAUUAAGUAUGUAAAAUGAAUGUGACAUCAGUGAUGCUUCUGCACUUUGAACAGCCAAUAUUUAUGACAACCUCAUAUCAUUGAAGCGUUAUUUUCCCACUUUUUUUUUUUGGAUUAUCUCAUAGAAAAUUUGCAAAUAAUAAGUGAUAAUAUUAACAUUGAAUAUUUUACAAUAGCAAUUCAUCUGUGUAUGAAAACAUGCCCCAUUCUUGUGGGAUAAUCACUUAAAUAUUUUGCAAAUAAUGAUUGAAAAUAUUUGCAUUGCAUAUUUUAAAUUAGUGUUGCGUCUGUGUAUGAAAACAUUUCCCCAUUUUUAUUGGAUGAUCACUUAAUUUUUUUUGCUAACAUUAAUUGAAAAUAUUUUCAUUGCAUAUUUUAGAAUAGGGUUUCAUCUGCGUAUGAAAACGUUUUAUUAUAUAGGGCCAAGAUAAAAGUGAAGGCCUAAUUGAACUUAAAUAACCUUGCACUGACCAAAAUACAAGGAUUAACCUAAAUCAGCCCUUAAAUAAUUGAACUGUAAUCAUUUGAAUGCAAUGUGUUGCUUAUGUCAACAACUAAUUUUUGUAACAACUUGUGCUAAAAAUCCUGUAAUGCUACGCAUAUUUUGAGUUGUUUUUGUAUUUGUUGAUUGGAGGAGUAAUCUUUUCAAUACCUCAUGUGUUCAUUAUCUAAGGCAAAUUAUAUAUGUGGAUUGUUUAUGGCAUAAUAUCUGGUCCCUGUUUCUCAAAAUUUCUUAAGCAAAAUAAGCUUAAUUAGUUUAUUUAAUUUCGCCAAAUUACUUACUUCAAUUUGAUUUUUUUAACAGCAGAUUAUUAAGAUUUUUUUACAUAUUUGUCUCAUUCUUAUUCUUCAGAGGUUUGAUAAUGAUAUAUCUGUGGUACACAUAGCAUCAUCACUCUAGUGUAUGAGAAUGGUACCAUAGCAUCUUCACCCUGGUGUAUGAGAAUGGUACCAUAGCAUCUUCACCCUGGUGUAUGAGAAUGGUACCAUAGCAUCUUCACACUGUAUGAGAAUGGUACCAUAGCAUCUUCACCCUGGUGUAUGAGAAUGGUACCAUAGCAUCUUCACCCUGGUGUAUGAGAAUGGUACCAUAGCAUCUUCACCCUGGUGUAUGAGAAUGGUACUAUAGCAUCUUCACCCUGGUGUAUGAGAAUGGUACCAUAGCAUCUUCACCCUGGUGUAUGAGAAUGAUUUUUCUUUAAAUGUCAACAAAUUACUGAACAACGAAACAAAAUCACAUGCUAUACCAAAUGUUAAAUGGUGAGUUUUCCAUAGCUUUAUCCUGUUACAUGUAACUUAAGAUGUUUCGUGAAAUCAGGGCCUAACAAAGUUUAGUUAUGCUUAGUUGUUAAACUGUUGAAAUCAUCAUCUUUCUUCUGUUUCUUUGCAAUUUUUUAACAGUAUAAUAUCUGACGUCACCAGUGAAAAUGAUUCAUGUGGGGGAAACAACUAUGUUUCCAUUUGUGGCAAAGCAAUUUGUCGAAAAACAGGAAAUUACAGCCAAUUUGAAAACAAUCUUAAAUGUUAUUUUUAAGUAAUUGAAUGCAUUGUGAUCACUUGUUAUUUUAAUCCAAUUGCUCAGAUACAUUUCAGACUUUCUUGAACACAGUUAGGACUUCACCACCAUAUUGUCAUAGCUAAGGUGUCAUUGGCAGCAGAGAUCUGCAAAGAUUUGAAAAAUGGGAAUAACAUUCAAGAUAUUCCCAUGAAAUUUAGUAUAUACAUUAUCAAUGAUAUUACGCAUGUGUGAAGUAAAUGUUAUUACUCUGGCUGUAUAAUUUUAAGCUUGUCACUCAAUGAAAAAAGUCAAAUUAUUGUUAAAGCUGUGGUGUUGUGGUCUUCGUUGGUGGGCAAAAUCUUUUAACUUUGCCCAUUACUUAAAUAACCUUCCAAGAUAUUAAAAUGCAACUUGGUACAAAGGAUGAGACUGACAAUUCACACAUGUACAGCAAGGCCCAUAAUUCUGGAUUUAAUAAUUAUCGAGAUCUGCCUCUUUUUAACUGAAAAUCAACAGACGAACGUUAAACAUGUGCACUUUCUUCAAGUCGCUUUUUUGUUAGCUAUGCUUCUUGGUUGACUGAUUAAAAACUGCUGAUCUUUCACUUGCUGUGCUGUUAUGUCUGUUUGUGUUUUUUAUGACUUCUAUGUUGUUGUUUUUUGUAUUUGCAUAUCGAUGGCACCAAAUGAAAAACCAGUAAAUGCCAAAAUGGUACUUUUCAGCAGAGACCAAAAACUGAUAAGUGAAAAUUCCGAACCUGUCUUAUUGUUUUUAACAAUGUUAAGGGUAAGUGAACAAAAUUGAUGUAAUAAUCAAUUUUAUGUGGAAUUGAAACUGUCUUGCACUAAGCCUGCAAAUACCAGAAUUUUAUUCAUCCAAUGCAAUUGCCACUCUUUAUCAUAUGGUGAUUUUUUUGCCUUUUGAUUGGCUCUUGGAAAGAGUGUUUUCUCAACAGAAGCGCGAAAUUAAGAAUAUUCAAGAAAGUUAAUUAAAAUAAAUUGCGCCAAAAUCUAUUUACUGGUUUUUCAUUUUCAUUCGGUGCCAUCGAUAUUUUGUAUGCAUUUGUGUAAUGAUAAUAAUUUUGAAAUGAAUAAAACUCAAGAAUGAAAAAUACCUGAACUUAAUUGCAAUUGCUUUUGUCAGAUCACUUUUGAAGAAAAUACAUUGUUUGUUAAAUAGAGAGUUUAUAAAAUAUUGUUGUAUUUCAGAAACAAAGAAAUGAAGUCAUAACCAAGUCAAAACACAUGUGCAUUAUAUUUGAGUUGUUAUAUAAUGUGACACAACUUCAUCAGGGGGACGGGAUGGGUUGACGGGGGUUGAAUAGUAUUCCAUGAAAUCUAACAAACACUAUGUUCCAGAAAAAAAUACUUUAAAAGUAGAUGUGUACAUAACAGCAUUCUUAAAGGCAAUAAAAUCAAUAAAGUAACCUUUAUUGGAACAUAAAAUUUGUGGUUCAAGGGUGGAGCACUUUUAUUUACACUUUCUGAGUUUUAUUGUAAAACAAAUGUAAUUAAACGGACCAUGAAGGUCUUUGAAAAUUUGCGCUAUCUUGAAAGAACUGUUUUAAAAGUGGAACAUUAGUUUUGAUUACAUAAUUUAUCUUCUCCCAAACAGAUCCCAUUUCUUUUGAAAAUCUCAUCUAUUGCAACUCAUCUAUUGCAACAUAAAAACUACGAAGAUUUCCCGGAACAAUUUAUGAACCUGCCGAAUAAGACGGUCCCAUAUCUAGUUAAUUAUCAAUUCACACGCUUAAUUGAAUUAGGAAUCCAGGAUAUACACAGGGAAAACUUGACGGAUUGACGAAUGACAAACAAGAUUUGGGAUUUCUUUCGCUUUCCCAAGGGAAAUCUCAAAAUAAUAGAAUCUAUUAAUUCUGCAGCCUCAAAUUUAAAUUGAUAUGGCUUAGUUUUAAAGAUUUUCACGCAACUCAAUCAGUCGGAGGGUUUGAAAGUUUUGGAAAUCGUGCCUUGGAAGCAUGAAAUCAAUAGUAUAAUUUUCUCUAUUCUCCAUUCAGGAAUUGAAACAGUUCCAUUUGCAUGUUUCGUGUAUUAAGAGCCGAUUACAGUGAUCAACUUGUUGUUUUAUAAGGUAGAAAUACUGUGUUUUCUGCACCUUUCUAUAUGAACCCCUCUUCCAUAUUUAUUCAUGCUUUUCGGUAAAUUAAAACAAUGGUAUUUAUUGAGGUACAUCUCCUAUGGGAGUAAGCGUGCAUCUUUAGUUUGACUGAGACAAAAAUUUGCUCAAGGCACUUUUGUUUACUUCAGGAGCCAAAAUCAAUCCACCACAUUAUGGGAUGUCUUCUACUAAAUGUUUUUAUGCAGUUUGAUGCCUUGGCAUGUUUUAUAUAUGUUGUGUUAAUGAAAUAAAUAAGGAAUCUCUUA